AUGCAACUCCACGUACAUUACGGCGACCUUAACGCUGAAAUAAACAACACGUUAAGGAAGCUUUGGGAGGUGGAAGCGCCUCCACCGGUAACGUUCCUCUCCGAAGAGGACAAAAAAUGUGAAGAACAUUUUCGGCAGACUCACUCGCGUAAACCCGACGGCAAAUACGUAGCGCGAUUGCCGUUUAAAUCAGAGCCUCCCAUCGAUAUAGGGGCUUCGAAAGGAAUCGCGGUCGCCUCUUUUUAUAGAUUGGAAAAACGGCUCGCCAAAGACGCGGAACAAGCUACGGCUUAUCACUCCUUUCUGGAGGAAUACCUGCAGCUCGGUCAUAUGCGGGAAUUUCUUGAAACAGACCCUCCUUCUGAGCAAAAGGUCUAUUUGUCGCAUCAUCCGGUCAUCCGUGAAGACAGCAGUACGACAAAAUUGAGAGUGGUUUUUAACGCGUCGAUGCCUACGUCAAACGGGUCUACGCUAAACGAGCAUUUACUGGUUGGUCCGAAACUGCAAGCUGACCUCGCGGUCACGAUUUUACGAUGGCGCAUGUAUCAGUUCGUGUUCGCGGCAGAUAUCGCGAAAAUGUUCCGGCAAAUCUGGAUUGACCAUCGCGACACCGCCUACCAGCUGAUAGUUUGGCGCGCUAAACCCGAAGAUCAGCUGAAAACAUAUGAACUGCUUACCGUGACAUACGGGACGGCCCCAGCGCUUUUCCUCGCGAAUCGGGUCAUCAAACAACUCGCGCUGGAUGAGGGGACUAAUUUCCCUCUCGCGGCUCCUAUCCUGAAUGAGCACCUCUACGUUGACGACGCGCUUUUCGGGGCCGAUGAUCGAGUGUUGGCUCGUCAAACACGGCAGCAGGUAACGGAUGCCCUCAGACACGGAGGUUUCCACCUAAGAAAGUGGUCAAGCAAUUGUCCACAGUUAUUAGCGGAGAUCUCCCACGUUGAUCACGAGCUGGCCUCGAGCCGCUUAUUUCAAGAUGCCGAAGGAUUAAAAAUGUUAGGAAUCCGUUGGUUACCCAAAUCGGACGAAUUUCGAUUUCAAUUUAAGUUCGACUCCGCUAGUACGGCGAAUCCGACUAAGCGCGUGGUCUUAUCGAAUAUCGCGCGAAUCUUUGACCCAUUGGGGUGGAUUUCUCCCGUCGUUAUAGUGGCCAAGAUCUUCAUGCAAAGAUUAUGGGUAGCCAAGUUAGACUGGGACGAACCUCUACCUUAUGAACUAACCAACCAAUGGCGCGAAUAUUCCGCGGAGUUCAACGAUUUACCAAAAGUAACCCUCCCGCGCUGGAUUAGGACGCGGAAUGCCACAAUUGCGUACGAAAUACACGGGUUUGCAGAUGCUUCGCAAGACGCCUAUGCGGCUGUGAUUUAUUUACGUACAAUCUCCAUCGCGGACGAGGUUGCGUUACAUUUACUCAUGGCAAAAACAAAGGUAGCACCGUUGAAACCACUCACAAUUCCGCGGCUAGAAUUAUGCGCGUGCGUCCUAAUGACGCGAUUGAUCGAGCAGGUUCAGGCUACAUUAAAAAUCGAUAACGUACCGGUUUACGGUUGGACUGACUCCACCGUUGCAUUAGCUUGGAUACAUAAGCACCCGAGUCAAUUAAAAACGUUUACGGCACACCGAGUCGCGGAUAUACAAAGCCGAGCGCCGAAUGCUUCUUGGCGACACGUACCAACCGCUUGGAAUCCUGCCGAUUGUGCGUCCCGCGGGUUGUCGGUGAAAUUGCUGCUUCACCACCCCCUUUGGUGGCACGGUCCUUCCUGGCUGGCGCAAACUCCCAAUGAGUGGCCAGAAUUUAGGCUUGUCGUCCCAAGGGAAGCUGAAGCAGAAAUCAAAAGGCAAGUCAAUGCAUUGCAUUUGGAGUCGGAGACUGAGUGGGAUCUGCCAACACGCACGUCUUCGUGGCAAAAACUACUCCGAAUUACCGCGUACGUCACGCGUUUCAUUUCGCGAGUUAAAACGGGGAAAAACGACCAUCAAGAUACGGUUGUCACUACCAAAGAACUCAUCGCGUCGCGGAAAUUCUGGGUUCAGCAAGUUCAAGCGCAUUCAUUUCGCAACGAAAUAAAGGCCUUGAAAAAGAGCGAAUCUCUUCGUAAAUCGAGUCCAUUAUUUCGACUGAACCCUUUUUUGGACGAAGAUGGUACUAUUCGUGUUGGCGGGCGGUUGCGCAACUCCGACCUUACGGAACGGUUUCCGAUAGUUUUACCGGUACAUAGAGUCACCGAACUCAUUAUAGCAGAUUGCCACGCGAACACGUUACACGGAGGCAUUCAACUAAUGUUAAGCGUUUUGCGACGAACUUACUGGGUUAUUAACGCGCGGCGCCUAGUUAAAAGUCACAUAUAUAAGUGUACUAGAUGCGUGCGUUGGUGCGCCGUCACGGUUCGUCAGCAAAUGACUGACUUACCCGCGGCUAGGGUCACUCCAGCUCGGCCGUUCGCUCAUUGCGGAGUGGACUAUGCGGGACCAUUCUCCGCCCUCGCGCACCGCGGACGCGGGCAAAAAGCGCACAAGGUGUACAUCGCGCUGUUUAUUUGUCUAUCCACGCGGGCGAUGCAUCUGGAGCUGGUGCGCGACUACUCCACUGCGGCGUUUUUAGCGGCAUUUAACCGGUUGGCGGCUCGUCGGGGCUUACCUACAAAGUUAUACAGCGAUAACGGAACGAAUUUCCAGGGCGCAAAUAAAGAGUUAAGAGCUGCAUUUAAACUAGUUACAGCAGAUUCUCACCUUCGCGCGCUGUUCGCUGCAGACCACAUCUCGUGGCAUUUCAUUCCUCCCUCCUCGCCUCAUUUUGGGGGAAUCUGGGAAGCGGGCGUCAAGAGCGUCAAGACGCACUUGCGACGCAUGUUGUGCGAUCGUACGCCCACAUGUGAGGAGCUCAAUACACUCCUCUGUAAAAUCGAGGCCUGUUUAAACUCUCGUCCCUUAGCUCCAUUAAAGGACGACCUCGAGUCUCGCGAGGCCCUCACACCCGGGCAUUUUCUAGUGGGCGGUGUGCUCAAGGUCCCUCCUGCGCCGUCUGUAAUAGACAUUUCCGAUAAUAGAUUAUCGCGCUGGCAAUGGGUACAACAACUCACGGAAAAAUUCUGGAGAGCAUGGGCUCACGAAUAUCUGCAAUCGUUACAAGCUCGCUCGAAAUGGUGUAGUCGCGCUACUAACCUUAAAAUCGGGGACUUAGUACUGCUGAAGAGCUCCUCGCUGCCUCCGGGAAAAUGGGACCUCGGUCGGGUGACCGAAUGCCACCCUGGUAAGGACGGCCUCGCGCGAGUGGUCAGUAUCAAGACCGCACGAUCGGAAUAUACCCGUCCUGUAGUUAACCUAUGCAAACUACCGAUUAGCUCAUAA